UGCGGUUUGACCCGACGACAGGGGUCUUCGUAUUUUGUUAGUCACGAUAUUGAAUCUGCAGUAAUGAGUUGCACGAUGACCUUCAACUUUAGGUAUAUUUAUUUAUAACUCAUAUUGGACAUUGGUCAAGGAGGUGCUUAACGAAAUAGCAAAAGGAUAUCGUGGAACAAGUGAAACAUAAUAGUGAACUGGUUGUGAGUGUAGGGCGCUUUUAUCGUCCGUGUUGUGCUCAACCUCCAAUAGGACACCUGUUGAAAAAGUUAGAAAGUUAUUUAUAAACAUGUUACCUCGAUCAGCAUUCCUAUAGUGCAGAAGCUAUAAUUUACGACUGAUUACAGAACCUAUCAAACAAGUGAAAGGACGACUGGUAUGCAGUUUCAAGUGAAAAGAACGAGAGGCCAUCGUUGUACCAACGGCGGAACAGUUUGCGUGACAAAGGUCGCAAACCUGGCGGCUCGAACGCUAGAUAACGAUCGGCAACGUGUUUUAUUGCUAUUUGUUGCCUACGUCCUCUGGAUCUACAUUGUUCGCGACCAACGACUGCUGACCCUGCAGGAUAUGAUGGGGAAGUUGAGGACCGCAAACAUGAUGCAUAAAAGCAACGACGAUGGAUAUUUCCUCGAUGAAGUAUCACUGUCACAGCCAAAUUUAUAUCGAGGACUUGAUUUAGUUGCAGUAUUGGAUUAUCGACCCUACAAAGAUCGAUUUAAUCCCUGGUACCCUCAUGAGUACAUCAGUGUAGAUGACUUGAACUAUUACCGGAAACGAAGGCCAGCGGAUUGUUAUGCAGCUGAACAUCUCAAGAGCCACUUUUCGCUAUAUAACCAAUCUGAGCCUUCUAUACCGUAUGCUACGAGUAAAUCUGAGUACAAAGAACACUUUCAAGAUUACGGUUAUGAGAAGAGGAGACCGCUCAUUAGAAGACACACCACACUUCGCUUAGAAUCCGGCAGCAUGGAUAAGAAAUCCGAACAUCAUUCAAAUUUUGUAGCGUACACCAAAGAAUCCAUCGCAAAAUCUCGCCCACCAUUGAUCAAACACGCCGUAAACCUUAAAACGUUUAAUGGAUCAAAAAAAACUCCUGAGUACUCCGAAUAUAAAUCAUCGUUUCUUCCAUACAAAUUGACUGAUUUUUUAUACGAACCUAAGAAACCACCUAAAAUGAAUAUUAAAAAAGAACAAAGUUGUUCAGAUUCAUCGCUGCACAAUAAGAAGAAAGCAGAGAAAUCCAACUUGAGACUGACAGGCGAGUCAAUAUUGGAACCAGAAUAUAAAACUAAAUAUAUUCCAUUCACGAUUGAGAAAUCACAAUCUACGCCCCAGUUAAAUAACAUAAAUUUCGCGGGAAAUUUCAGCGGAAUGCCUUCCGAAUAUAUGGAAUGCUACAAAAGCUAUGACCAUUUCACUAAAAGUGCGCCAAUUAAGAAGUUGGACAAUUUAUGCUUGAGUGGUUUGCUGGAUCUCAACCCGGAGUAUAAGGACCGAUAUCAGAACCCACUAUUGAGCAGAUGCGAUCGACCUUCGUAUUUGAAGCGAGAAGAUAACCUUCAUUUGGAUGGAGAGUUUAUAAAUCGUAUGCCGGAAUAUUGCAGUAGCUAUCGUAACCCUAAUAUCAACCAUAAACCUGAAAAGGCCAAGCCAAAAGAUACCAUACUGCAUCUUGAAGGAAGCAUGAACUACGAGCCAAUUUAUAGGUGCUCCUACAUUGACUUUCCCAGGAAUCGUCCGGUUAUUUACAAACCGGAAAGUAACAUAAAACUGCAAACUUCCGAAGUUAACGUUGAAUCAACUGCUCUGGGAUUCAGGAAACAUCGUAGUAGGAUACCUGUACGGAAUCAGCAUCACGCUUUUACAGACGAAGAACUUGCAAAAUUUACAGCACUACCAGAAUAUCGUAAGGCAAAAAGAGAACUUUUGAUAAAACCACGGCCAUCGUCGUCCAAUAAAAGCACAUUAGCGCAAAAGAUCCAAGACGACGAAAAUAAGGUGGGUGCUAGACAAGAUGGUCAGAACGUGUCUACGAAAAAAAUACCCAGUGACCAUGAAGAUAGAGCUAUGAAAAAGACGAGUUUUAAAUUCAUAGUUGAAAAUGUAGAUGACAAUCGCAAUUUGAAAGUUAAACCAGAGAAACGCGCUAAAUCGCCUAUAUUAGCAAUUCAAAGAGAAAAUGGUCCAGUAGAGAUGUAUGAUAAACCGUUGUUUCGAGACAGUAAAAGCUUCAUAAGGAGGAACCGUACAAACGUGAUCGAGUCCAACACAAAAUAUGCGAAAAAUGCUAGUGAUCAGUUUCGGAACUACCACAUGGGUAGAACAAAAAAUAGAGCCUACGAUGAACAGAAUGUGGUACCAAAAUCCUUUGUAGUACUUAAUGCGCCAGUGAAGCACAAAAAUAAGCAUUGGUUGGGGCCAACUACAAUUUAUGAUUCACAUUUGUAUUGAAUAUACUCUAACCAAUAAACUGCCAUGCUCUCAGUAGAUUUACGAAAAUAAUUAAAUGGUAUUCAAAUUGAUUUUAUUUUAUUUUAUUGAUGUAGGGGGGGCAGGGAUUAAGUCACCGAUAUAAAUUUUGUAACUACCAAUGGCGCCCAUGCGUCUGUGGCAUGGACGUCCUUACGUCCCGAGCCAGCUCACCUUUUAUAACCUCUCAGGGUCGGCACAAUGUGCUGGGGAAAGACUCACCUGUAUAAAUUUUAGCUCUCAACCUAAGUUAUUUUCAGGUUGAGAGCUAAAAUUUAUAUGGCGCAUGCAAUAACUUAAUCGUUAAAUUUGAGAUUAACACCAAGCCCAAGAAAAAGCUAUAUUUAUUCUCAAUUUAGUGAUUUUAUUUAAGAAAAAGAACUAAUUCGACUCUUAUGACUUACUCACUGCCCGAAGAUUUCACCUACUUGUAGCGUUGUAUUCGUCACGUCGUCGUCACGCCGCCGCGCUCUGGAACACUGCUUCUCUGGAUCGCUUCAUCCGUCGCAGGGCUGGUGUUCGAUUAUCGAACUUGGUGGUGCCAGGUCGUUUGUUAACGUACGACCAGUUCAGCGCAUCAAUUCACUUCACUUUUCUUCUGGAGGAAUUAAACCUAGCAUGCAGUGCGACACCUUGUCUAAUCGGUCAAAACUCGCGGACAGUUCCCCUCGUGUCGACUUAAAAAUUCUGCAAUUAAUAUUGUUUUUAUUCACAAUACUAAAUUACACAAAGAUAGAUGAGUUUAAUGCCAAUGAUGUUGCUGAAUAAAAAAGGGUUUUAAAGCCUCGGAUUAAUAAAUGGUGCUACAUUUAAAAAUGUCUGUAAU